AUGUUUUUGGACAAGCUUGAAGCAAAAAUGAAGGAAUCAAUGUCUGCAAAUACACACGCUGAAUGUAUCAAAAUGUUUAAUGAGGCAAGAAGUUUGGGGACCAAGGAAGCAAUGGCACUGCUCUUGAGUAGUGAGGACGUUGCGUUUUCUAUACUUUCUUCAUCUCCAGAGAUGCUAGAUGAAGACGAGUUGAUAGGCUUACUUUUCUGCUCAAGCAGCUACUCUAGAUACAAAAGCGCAGAGAUUAUAACAAGAAUGUAUGCUAAUAGGGUACACAGAAAAGAAUAUCUGUCGUUUUUCAAGCAAAUGCUGAAAGAGAAUGCGUCUUAUGACGAAGGCAAUUACCUGCUUUGCCUGUUGAUAGAUUUUCUGUCAUACAAAUCAAAUUCAGAUUUCAGCGUUGAUUCAAGAAAACUGGAUCUCAUGUCGAGCAGAAUGUUCAAGGACAUUCUUAAUGUUUUUGUUUUUGUGAGGGAGGUUCAGUACAAUGCACUUAUGAUUAUCCUCAUAGCUUCAUACAGCGAGGAAUGUAUCCAGAAGAUGGACAAGCUGAUUGAUGAUGUUGUUGUUGUGAUGAAAGACAAGACUAGGGAGAAGAUCCUCAGGGUUUGCUAUGCAAUUAUUGCAAACAUUCUUGAUCAUGGAUAUGUUUUUUCACCUGGCCGAUUCAACGAUAUCUGCCGAUGCACAGAGUUGCUUUUAGAAAGCGGAUACGGAGAUGUGGAUUUGAUUGCAGAUCUUAAGAAGGUAAAGAGCAGGAUAGUGAAAAGCAGAGAGACAUUCUGCAUCAGGAAUUACCUCAACGAGCUGUUUUCUGGGCGCUUUGAAGACUCCGAGUACCAUCACAGAGAGGACUUCUGGGCUGCAAACCUUGAGAUGCUGAUGAAGAACAAGGUGGAGAUAGUCAAGGUUUUGAAGAAGUACUUGAAAUCAAACAAUCCUUCAUGGAUAUGCCUUGCAUGCAAUGACAUUUUCCAGAUGGCCAAGGUAUCUCCAGAUAUAAAUGUGCUACUGAAUAAGUAUCAGGUUAGGGAGGUUCUUUUUGGGCUAGUGCAUAGCGAGGACGAUGAUGUAAAGUUUCAUGCAAUCCAAGCUCUGUACAUGUGCAUAUCUUCAGAGUGGAGCUGA